AUAGAGGGUAAGACUCAAGCUGUUGAUGAGCUAUUGUGAAGUAUUGCCUCUACAUAUCUUCUUUCAGUUCUUUGUUUAAUUUCUCUUUUGCAAUUUCACCACAUCUAUAUACCAUAUGGCUUUUGAAAAAGAAAACAUGGAAGUUAAAAUCUUGUCCACAAAGUUCAUAAAACCAUCUUCACCACCUCCAAAUCACCUCCAAAAUUACAAGUUAUCAUUCUUUGAUCAAAUAGCUGAUGAAACACAUUUGCCUCUUGUUCUUUUCUAUCCUCCUACCAACAACACCAACACUUAUAAUGAAGAACAACUUGAGCAAUCCUUAUCUAGAAUUCUAACCCAUGUUUAUCCAAUUGCUGGUAGAUUUACCGAGGAUGACUCGAUUUACUGCCAGGACCAAGGGGUUAAAUUUGUAAAGGCCAAGUUAAAUAGUAAGCUCAAUGAAUUUCUUGAGAAAGCACACGAGGAUGUCAACCUUGCUUUGCUUUGCUGGCCUCAAGAUACUUGGGAUGUGGAUGAUACUAACAUACUCAUCAUGCCAAUUGUCAUUGUGCAAAUCACGGAAUUCGAGUGUGGUGGCUUGGCUCUAUCUAUGAGCCACGCGCACACUGCGAUGGAUGGUUUCACAACUUUCACUUUUGUUCACGAGUGGUCCAAAGUGUGCAGAUUGGAGAUUCCUAAAGAGAAGAUCGAUUUUCUGAGAUUUAAUUUGGCUGAAGUUUUCCCACCAAGAGAUUUAUCGAAACUUCUCUUGCCUCGUCUCCCCCACGAUAAUCGUAAGGACACUAAAUUAGUAGCCAAAAGGCUAUACAUCAAUGAGGAUUCUAUUUCAAGGCUCAGAAAAGAAGUCGGAGAUUUAUGCUUUAAGCCCUCAAGAGUUGAGAUGAUCAUAGCCCUACUAUGGAGGGCUUUGAUCCGUGCUUCAGAGAAGAAGCACGGACAUCUGAGACGUUCCCUAAUAGGCGUCCCAAUAAACUUGCGAACUAAGUUGAUUUCUUUACCUCAAGUAGAAAAAUCUUUCGGGAAUCUUGUAAUUGACGCCCCGGUAAAAUUUGUACCUGGGGAGAACAAGAUGGAAUUGCAGAACUUUGUAGGGUUGAUUCGUGACACGGUGAAGGAAACUAUUAUUGCUUGUGACAAGACUUCAACGGAGGACGUAGUGUCCGCGGUGGCAAAUAUAUAUAAUGCAAGUUUUGUAGCACAAGAAUGGGGAGGAAAUGAAGAAGUUGAUAUGUACACAAGUUCAAGUUUGUGUAGAUUUCCUAUACAAGAAGCUGAUUUUGGUUGGGGAAAUCCAUGUUUGAUGCAUUUUGGGUCAAGGCAUAAUCAGUAUUGCUGGUUGUAUGAUGCAGAAUGUGGAAAUGGGGUUUGUGUGCAAGUGGACUUGAAGGAAACUAACAUGCAUUUAUUGGAGCGUGACAGUGAUAUCAAGGCUUUCUUUGAGUUUUAGAUUCGUAAAGGACUUUUUUCUAUUUGGUAUUUUUGUUAAUGAGUUGCAUCUGUUAUAUAUCUUGUUGGAACUUCAUUUGUUCGAGAGUACUAUUUUUUGUCCUGAUAAAACAAAUAUCAGGAAAGAUUGGUGUAAUUUAUCCUUUCAGGAAAAAGGAUAAUUCAGAUUUAUAAAGGUAUUUAAUUUUGUUCA